AUCGAACCGCUCAGCCCAGCCCCCCCCGAGUCAUUUCCUGCCUCCGUGGGGACGGGCUCGAGAAAGUCCCGCGGAGCAGCGACCAGCGGCAGACGACACCCGAGGCAGGAGGAUGAACUUCUUCAUCGCCGCGCUCCUGGUUCUGCAGUUCGCGCCAGGGAAUGCAGAGGUGGAAGACGACGAGGAGGAGAUCACACAGUUUUUAUUCGACUACGCAGCUCGUUACAGUGAUUACCUCUAUUCCACGGGAGACUAUUACUACGACAACACCACGGGAAUGCCCACCCCCUACACGUUUGAGAUGGAUUCCUACGAGGUUAUUUCUUUUCCUCCACACCCAGACAAACACCAUCGGGGAUUAUGGGCAGUGGUUUCCACAAGAGGAUGCCACCACCAAGAUUUCAGGGAUACCAGACACGGAUGCUCCAGGGGAUUCCAGGAAUGCCAAGGACAGUCAGGAUUUCUGGGAGUCAGCGGGAUCACCCCUCCAGAGCCACCUCCCCCUCGUCACCCUCCUCAGUCUCCGGGGUCUCCUGCUAUGACCCCCCCAUGCUCCUCCUCCGAAGACACAGCAGCUGGGAUGGAGAUCAGGACUUCCUCAGGUGUUGGCAACGACAAACAACAUCCUCCCCACGAGGCGCCGCCUCCGCUCCGGAACCGCCGUGACUCUCCCAAAGGUUCCAGCGGGGGGACUGUGACCACGGUGCAAACUCGGAGAGCUUUGUAAUGCCUCAGUCCUUUCCUAUUUCCUCUGAUUCUGUUGUAAAUAGGAGCCCCUGCCAAUAAAACCCCCAACAACCGGCGCGGGGUCUGUCGUGGUAAAUAAAUCCGUAAAUAAAUAAAUAAAUCCACCAGAACAGGAUCAACAAACACCAACAACUCGUGGGGUUUGUCCCAUCAGAAGGAUCUUCCUGAGCCUCCACACCCAGCCAGGAGCUUCUCACUUAGUUUCUUCCACAGUUGCUCUUCACACUGUUUAUUUUCCAGAAACACCCGCGACAUUUGGGUGCAAUGAG